GUGCAACUCGCGCAAAUCGCCCGAUGCGACGUUGUUGAACUUCCUUGGCGCCUCCUGAGGGGGCAGCCAUGUUAUGGCGAAGCCAUCUCAGGACCGCCCGAAGGUGCCCAAGGGUGAAGAUGACGAAGGCGAGAGCAACCUGGCCAUCCACCCACAGGACGAGCGCCAGCUGGAGGAGGCCUUUGAGGACAUCGAGAGGAAGUACGAAACAGGCGCGGUGCACGAGCUCCUGGGUUACACGGUGCGUGUGCCCGUGACCAUCUCCGCGGACCUUCGCCUUGGCUUGGAUCUCCGUGAUCCCAACGAUCCCAGGAAGAUCGUGGGGCUGGAUGACACCAAGCCGGAGCAGCGGCCCUGGCCCAGUACCGAGGUGGCGCGCGUAGAUCCCUUGGGCCAGAUCGGGCGCUGGAAUGAGUACCAGCUCCAGCAGGCUGAAGUGGAUGACUGGGAGGAUGUGAUCUAUUCUGAUCAGGUGGUGGAGCCAGUGGCGGGGCCCAUCGGCCGCGCCGUGUGGCUGCAGGCGGUGGAGGUGGAGAACGGUCCCAUGGUGCACCAGCACAUCGGCUCGAAGGGCAUAAAGCUCAUCCAGCAGGUGCGGCAGCGCAUUGGGCCGGGCUAUGAGAAAGCCAGGCUGGUGCUGUGCUUCUUCAUUCAAGCCUCCUACUGCUACCGCUACAAGGCCAGAUUGAUCCGUGGCAAUGCUCUGCAUGUGGGCGCUGUGGCACUUGGCGGCUCUGACGAGAUCUUCGGCUCGCUCGUCGAGUGGGGCAUCGACUUGCUAUCUGAAUGCGAGUUUAUGCACCACAGCAAGCGUGGGCAAUGCCUUGCGCUGCACCUCGCGGCUGGAAGGGGCCGCCUUCCCAUGCUCUCCAUGCUGCUGGAGGCGGGUGUUGACGUCAACAUCAAGACGCGCUACAACCAGAAGGACAACUACACGGCCCUGCACGAAGCAGCCUUUUUCAAGCAGACCGCCGUGGUGAAGCUCUUGCUGGAGAGUCACGCCAAGGUCAACGAGGUGAACCUCAAGCAGCAGACGCCUCUGCACAUCGCAUCUGCGGUGGGAGGGUACAACCUUUGCCGGCUCAUGGUGAAGUAUGACGCUGAUGUGGAGAUGCAGGACUCAGGGAAGCGGACCGCCCUGGACGCGGCCAUGGAGAGUGGGCGUUACCCCCCGCACAAGCUCUUCCACCUCACGGGGCGCAGCUUCAGCGAUUUGCUGAAGGUGGCCUACCAUAGCCCAGCAGCAGCAAGCGACCUCCUCCGCAAUGUGGAGGUCGACGCGAUACAUCCGGCUUGGGGUGAGAACCUUGCCAAGGAGAUGAUCCAUUCCCCCGCCGACGGCCUAUCGAAGUGGAUUUGCCUCCUUGGCCUCGCGCCCAAAGCCGGCGAGGAGGUCAUCGAGGCUCUAACCGUGGCGCCGCCGGUAAAGGACGCCAGCCAUCACCCCUUGCCUCGGCGAGUGAGUUUGCCCGAAGGAAGCCACUUCCUGUGCCAGUAUCAGCCAGAGGACACCUGGCAAUACUUCGGCACAGAUGCCAAGCUCUUCCCGGAUUGGCACUCCCAGCUCUGCCCUGGCUGUGAUGCCCGGUUCUACGCAAAGCGGGGCCAGCCGACGGAGCGGUGGCUGAGGCGCCUCUUCGCCUUUACCACCGGCCAGAGCACGGAUGCCAGCAACCAGGUGCAAGUCUGCACUCCAAACCAGGAGGAGGAGCGGGGCAACUUCGGGGUCGUGGGCAAGGCGCAAGUGACGGACCUGGUGCCAGUCAAGGUGGUCACCAUCAAGCUGCCUGGCAUCAUUUGCUCGAAGGUCCUCUAUGUGCUGAGUAGCGUCGGGGACCGGCACAUCUUCGUGAAGAUCGGAGUGCGGGCCAUCGUGACGUAUGUGUGGAACAACCUUGUUCGGUACCAGUACUACAACAAGACCUUCCAGCGGAUGUUGGUGAUCGUCCUGCUCUUCUGCUUCGUGUGCCAAUGGAUCCCGGCGGAUCCCGAGUCCUUGGUGCGGAGAGGCGCCUGGAGCCUGGUGGCCUCACAGGUGUACCACGAGCUCUUCUAUGAGGUCUUUGAAGCCGUGGGCUACAUCUUCGAACUGAAGCUGCCGAAGGUCUACUUCCGGCAGUUGAAGAACGUCUGUGACUACGCCUCAGCUGCGCUGGGUCUAUGGCUGAUGCAUCUGACCCAACACGACUUCCACCUCGAGAGCCUGCCGGUUCUGCUGGCCGUGGUGAUCAUGGGGCGCUGGGUGAUGCUCAUCUGGACCUGCCGCGCCUUCGUGUGGGCGGGGGAGAAGAUCCUGCCGGUGCUGCAGGCCUCCUGCGUGCCCAUGGGAGGCAUCAUGCUGGUCACCCUCUUCAUCUUCGCUGGCUUUUGGCACUGCUUUGCCGCUCUCACCUUGGCGCAGGGCGCGUUGAAUCAGUACAAGGUGCUUUUGGGCACCUUGCGCCUCUUGGUCCUUGGGGACGGCGACGGCGCCGGCAUCAUCUUGGGGCUCUACGACGGGGACGAGGAGCUCGGCUCGCCCAUCACCUUCGCGCUUUUCUCGGUGGCCGUCAUCGGCUUUUGCAUCGUCAUUCUGAAUCUCUUUAUUGCCGUGCAUGGGGAAGCCUAUGACAAGGCGCAAGAGACCGCAAACAUCUCCUUCCUCCAGGAGAAGGCGGCCAUUUGCCUGCACUGCCUGCUGAUGCCCAAAUGGCCACCUCCAGGCUGGUGCAAGAUCCCGUGGCCUCGCUGUGUCUGCAUGGCCAUCUACGUCUUCUCCUUCGUGGCGUGGCUGGUGCUGAUCUCCUUCAGGGAGCUGCAUCCCUGGCUGGCCAGCUUUGUGUUGCUGGCAGGCAGCCUGCUGGGGGAUGCCGUUCUACUGCAGCUGCCCUGGAGCAAGCAGGACUCGCAGAACUACUACUUCUGGAUCUGCUACCGGGAUGACUACGAAGAGGCGGAUUCCUGCCCUGUGGCUGAGAGUGACCUGCCGGGUCGACUGAGCUCUGUGAAGCAGAACAACCUCGCGUACCACGCGAGGAUCAGUGAAAACCUGGGCAGCCUCAAGAACAAGGUGGAGAUCAGGAAUCAGAGCUUGGAGCUGCAUCUGGGCAAUGUGGAUCUGCGCCUCAGGGGCAUGGAGGCGCGCCUCGCCACGGCCAACCAGGCUCUGAGCUCGCUGGUGCCUCCAGUCCUCGAGUGAGCAAACACGCUAAUGGCGCUGGAGUCGCUCAGCGGCAACACCCGCCUGCAGUCCGAUGGGCGCUGUGGACCGUUUCAGUUUCGGCCAAGUCUCACGCGACGGCACGCCCCUCCGGCGUCAUUUCAAGGCACACGCCAGCAAAUGUUAGUUGUGUAAAGGCCCAACAAGUGUAACUUUAAGGCCAGACUGAGCAGGUGUGACGGGUUGCCAAAGUGCCAUCCCGGCCCAUUCGGUGCCUGAAGCACAGGCAAGCCGAAGC